AUGCAAGCCAUAGAUGUGGUAAAUAAUAACCAAAGAACACAAGCUCUAUUAAUCCCAAAGGUUGAAUGGAUAAGACUAAAAAAGAUUUUGACCAAAAAGGAUGAUGAUAUAGCUACAAUUGAGAUGAUAAAGCGAUUAAAAGACGAACGGCAAGCUACAUCCAAAGCCAUAAAAGAAUCAUGGGACGCCACUGUACUGACUAUACAUGCUUCACGGUUUUUGAGAUUGAAAGAACGAGAGAAUAUAAAGCGUGACAAUGAUAUUAAAUUAAGAGAAGAAGGUAAAGCUGAAUUGCAGAGAAUUGCAAAUGAAAUCGAGGAAGAUAGAGAGAAAAAAAAAGCUAAAGCUCUAGCAACGAGAGAGAAUUUAAUAAAUCACUUAAAUGAAAAUAGAAAAAUUGUGGCUGAAAACAUUAAGCUGCGUCAGUUAGAAGAUCAAGAGGAAAAUUUAGUAGUAUCAAUAAUGGCUGAGGCAAAGAAGAAAAUAGCUAAAACAAGAAAACUGAAAGAAAUAGAAAUUUUAAAAGAAAAACAAAAAUUAUUAGAAAAAAUGGUUGAAACUGCAAACACGGGUCAGGAUAAAGAAGAGGUUUCAUUUCAAAACGCAGUCGAAGAAAAAGAGCGGAAGUAUCAAAGAGAAGAACUUAAAAAUAAGGGUUUGAUAAAAAAUAGAGAAGAAGAUUUCGAGGCCAGUAAGAAGAUCUUGGAUGAAGAAAAUAGAAAGGAAAAAGAACGUUUGACACUGAGUCAUCAGUGGGAACUGGAAAGGCGCCUAAGAGAGACUGAGAUGUUAUGCUUACUCGAAGAGUCAAGUAAACAGGCAAAGACCAGAGAAACUAACUGUUUUCGAAAGAAUCUCAAUUUACAAUGUGAUAACAAUAGAGCAGCUACUAGAGCUAACAAACUGGUAGAUGUUGAAAAAUAUAAUGCACAAUUAAAACUUUGGAAACAACAGGACGAGGAGUUUAUGACCCACACCAAAAAUAUGAUAACUAAAUAUAAAAAAGCUGGGAUAUCUGUCAUACCAUUAAUGAAAGCUAUCGAGGAUUAUAAGAAAAAAAACAAAUUACUCAGCAUGCAGUGA